CGAAGGCUGCCGGGAGCUCCCCCUCCACACUACAGGUCCCAGCGUGCCGGCUGGUUUAAGGUUGCCUAGUGUACUGGGACCUGUAGUUCCCCGCGCGGACGCGCGGCAUGCCGGGAAAUGUAGUCUUCGCAAGACUUAGGCGUGGCAGAUUCCCCCUUCUUCCACCGCGGCCUCUUUUGCGCCAUUGAAAACCGUGCUCGCUCUUCGUGGAGCGGUGCGUGCCGGGAGUGGCAGUCUCUGCCGGGUGCGCUGUGCACGCUGGGGCUUGUAGGCCCCCGCCAGUUUUGAUUCAUCUGCGUGUAUCCGGGUCCCCCGCGGCGCCGGCUGAGCGGUGUUUGAUGGCGUCGCCUAGCAGCGGCCGUGGCCUCCAGUAGCUUAAACGGAGACGGAAAAAGUAUUUUAAAUUCAAGAUGCCACCCAAUUUAGAUUGGAAGAAGCUUAUGAGAAUUGAUGCUGAUGUUCUGCCUCGUCAAGAAGAGCUGGCAGAUAGCUUGCUGGAAACAGUAUCCAAGGUAGAAGGAAAUGACUUAAAAGGUGAAAAUCUUGAACAUGUAGUACAUCUUUUUAAAAUUACACAGUCACUAAUGAAGAUGAAAGCUCAAGAGGUAGAGCUUGCAUUAGAAGAAGUUGAAAAAGCUGGGGAAGAACAAGCUAAAUUUGAAAAUCAAUUAAAAGCAAAAGUUAUGAAACUAGAAAAUGAAUUAGAGAUGGCACAGCGAGCUACUGGUGGUCGUGAUACUCGGUUUUUGCGAGAUGAGAUCCGUCAAUUGGAAAAGCAGUUGGAACAAAAAGACAAAGAAUUAGUAGAUAUGGAAAAGGAGUUAGAAAAAGAGAAAAAAGUUAGUGAACAGCUUACUCUUCGAAAUGAGGAUGCAGAAAAUGAAAACACCAAGUUAAAAAGAGAGAAUGAACAACUUCGUCAAGAUGUAAUUGACUACCAGAGACAAAUAGAUUCACAAAAGGAAAUGCAUAUGUCACGCAGAGGGGAUGAGUCUGAGUACAGAUCUCAGUUAUCCAAAAAGAACUUUGAGCUUGUCCAAUAUCUAGAUGAAAUUCAGAGUUUGACUGAAACUAAUGAGAAAUUAGAAGCUCAAAACCAGGAAAUGAGAAAGAACUUGGAAGAAUCAGUGCAGGAAAUGGAAAAGAUGACUGAUGAGUAUAACAAAAUGAAACUUAUUGUGCAGCAGUCUGAUGUUGUUAUGGAUCAAUUAAGAAAGGAAAAGGAACAGUAUCAAUUUCAGAUACAGGAACUAACGGAUCAACUUAGAGCAAAAAAUGAAGAAGAUGAUCCCCUCAUGGCAGCAGUAAAUGCAAAAGUUGAAGAAUGGAAGAGAAUCUUGGCUUCUAAAGAUGAUGAAAUCGUAGAGUAUCAGCAGAUGUUGUUUAACUUGAAAGAGAAACUGAAAAUGGCCCAACUUGAUGCAGAUAAAAACAAUGUUAUGACCCUCCAGCAGGGGGUGCAAGAACGAGACAGUCAGAUCAGGUUGCUCACUGAGCAAGUUGAACAGUAUACGAAAGAAAUGGAAAAAAAUGCAUUGAUUAUUGAUGAUUUAAAAAACGAACUCCAAAAAGAUAAAGGCUUGUCAUCUCUUGCUCAGCAAAAUCGUAUUGGAGAAAUACAGGAAAAACUACAAGUGCUGGAACAGAGAACUAAAGAGGCUGAGAGAGUAGCAGAAUUAGCAGAGUCUGAUGCUAGGGAAAAGGACAAAGAACUCAUUGAGACUCUGAAGCGAAUGAGAGACUAUGAAAUGGGAAUAUAUGGUUUGGAAGAUGCUAUUGCUGAAAUAAAGGAUUUAAAAAAGCAGAUUAAAAUAAGAGAUCAUGAGAUUGAAGGAUUGAUUAAGGAAGUAAACAAACUUGAACUUAAAAUUAAUGAUUUUCUUGAUGAAAAUGAAGAGCUCAGGGAGCGCUUAGGUCUUGAUCCAAAGACAAUGAUAGAUUUAACUGAAUUUAAAAACAGCAAGGCACUAAAACAGCAGCAGUACAGAGCUGAAAACCAGAUCCUUUUAAAAGAGAUUGAAAGAUUGGAAGAAGAAAGAAUUGCACUGAAACAACAGAUUCGUAAAAUGGCUCAGGAGAAAGGAAAAAGAGCGGCAAUGUUAGGAUUGGAUGCAGAUGACUUGCAGAUGAUUGAUAGCUUUACAGAAGAUCUGAAGACAAAAAAAGGAAAAUCAGAUUUCAUGAGCACAGUUAAUUUUGAUGAAGUUAAAGCAAAGGAUAACAGUUCAUAUAACAUGGAAAGGAAAAACAUACUUUCAGUUAGAGGAGCAUCAUUUAGUGUGUUAAAAUCUGAAAAGGAUAUAUCUGAAAACACCAUGGAUUUGGGAAAUCUAUCAAGAAGAAUUUCUAGUAUACUUCGUAAUCUAAAUCAGUCAGAAACAAGUGGAGAUAUUUUUGUCCAAUUAGAUUCUAGACAUGUGGCACAGAUGCAGCCAAAAGAUGAUGGCCAUAGUUCAGAAACUUUUACCAUAAAAGAACUUUAUAGAUCAUCAGGAUUACAAUCUACAGACACGCUAGGGACAACAGAUUAUGUAACUAAUAGGCAGCUAUCGAAAGGCGUAAAAUCAGACUAUCCGUAUCCAUGUUCAUUUUCUGCUGCCCAAAUAAUGAAAAAGGAUUCCAAAAGUCAGCCGAUAAAACAACAGAGAAGCCAAAAUUAUGUAAAAAAAGCAUCUUUUCAGAAACAAACAGAAAUAUGCUCUGGUUUAGACCAAACAUUUUCUCAAGAUUUCCAAGGAGGGUUGUCUCUCAGACAAAAAUCUGCUAUUUUUUGUCAGUCUAUCCAUGAGAAGCCAGUAGCACCAUAUGAAUCACAAGUAGUAAAGCUAAAACAUGAACAGGACUAUUCUCAGAUAAAGUAUUCUGAUUUCUUAACUGAUUUCCAAGAUGUCAGCAAAGAACAGAGAGACUUUCCAGAAUCAUUGCAGGCAGAAAUUUUGGAAAGUGGAUUUGAAGAUGGACUAUCAAAAUAUGUAUGUCAGGUAGAUCCAGUUGAAAAUCUCAUAAAGCAGUUGAGGAGUGAAUUAUUUUUCCUUAGAUCACAGAAUGAGCAGAUAUCCAGGGAUCUUUUGGCCAAGAGUACAUUAUAUAGAAAUGCAGAACUCGAGCUUGAGAGAUGCAGGAGCCAGGCAGUGCAGAAUGAAUACCUUGCAAAAGAAUUAAAUGAGAGAGAGAAAGAUUUGGAACGGAACAGAACUGCGAUAGCCAAAUUUCAAUCUAAAUUAAAAGAAUUAUCAGAUGAAAAUAAACAACUUGAGCAAGGAAUGAAAGAGAUAUUACAAGCUGUCAAGGAAAUGCAGAAGGAUCCCAGUGUGAAAGGAGGAGAAACAGCCUUAAUGAUCCCUAGUCUGGAGCGAUUAGUAAAUGCAAUCGAAUCAAAGAAUGCAGAGGGAAUCUUUGAUGCCAAUUUGCAUUUGAAAGCUCAAGUUGACCAGCUAUCAGGGCGAAAUGAAGAAUUGAGACAGGAACUGAAAGGAUCUCGAAAAGAGGCAAUACAUUUCUCUAAUGAGUUAGCAAAAGCUAAUAUAAAGAUUACACAGCUUAAAAAUGAGAUUUCUUUGUUACAUCAAUCAGAAGGUGCCAGUAUAGUAUUCAGAACAGUAAACCGUCCAGAAGGGUUGACUCCCUCAAGUGCCAAUAUAGUUAAUUCUCAGAAUGAAUAUUUAAUACAUCUUUUGCAGGAGCUAGAAAAUAAAGAACAGUUACUUAAGAAAUUAGAAGAUGCACUAGAAGAAUAUAAGAGAAAAUUUGCAGUAAUUCGCCAUCAACAAGGCUUGCUGUAUAAGGAAUAUCAGAGCGAAAAAGAAAGUUGGCAAACAGAAUCUGAAAAAAUGUUAGAAGAAAAGAAGAAACUGGAAGAUCAAAAAGAACAGGAUGCUAUAAAAAUAAAGGAAUACAAUAAUUUACUGGAUGCCCUUCAGAUGGGUACUGAUGAAACCAAAAAAUUACUUGCAGAAAGCAGUAGAAAAAUGACAGUCUUGCGAGUGAAUGAACGGUCACUGACAAGGCAAUAUACAACUUUACUUGAAAUGGAACGGCAUCUUAGAAAAGAAAAUGAGAAGCAAAAGACUGAAGUAACUUCAGUGGAGACUGCAGUUGGAGAAAAGAUUGGACACUUGCAGCGUUUCAAGGAAAUGGCAAGCUUUAAGAUCGCAGCUCUGCAAAAAGUUUUAGAUGACAGUGUACCUCUGUCUGAGCUAGAACUGGCUAAUAAGCAGUAUAAUGAAUUAACUGCUAAAUACAGGGAUAUACUACAAAAAGAUAACUUGCUUGUCCAGAGAACAACAAACUUGGAGCACAUGGAGAGUGAAAAUGCAUCCUUAAAGGAACAGAUAAAUGCAUUAAAUAAGGAACUUGAGAUCACAAAAGAAAAACUUCACACUGUGGAACAAGCUUGGGACCAAACAACUAAAUUGGGGGGUGAUAGUGCCAUGGACAAAGCCACAAAAGCAAUAACCAACAGUGAAAUUGUUUCUAUUUCCAAAAAAAUCACUGUGCUGGAAAUGAAGGAACUAAAUGAAAGACAGAGAGCUGAACACUCACAACGAAUGUAUGAACAUUUAAGGAACACUUUAAAGCAAGUGGAAGAACGUAACUUUGAAUUGGAAACAAAGUUUGCUGAGCUUACUAAAAUCAACCUUGAGGCACAAAAGGUGGAACAGACAUUAAGAGAUGAACUGGCAAACAGUGUGAGUAAAGCAAUAAGUGAUGCAGAUAGACAAAAAAUCAUGGAGCUAGAGAAGAGUGAAAUGGAACUGAAGAUUGAGGUAUCAAAGUUAAGGGAGGUUUCUGAUAUUGCCAAAAUGCAAGUUGCAGCUCUGGAGGCACGGCAGCAAUCAAGAGAAAAGGAAGUGGCAUCCCUUCGAAUGCAAGUGUUAGACUAUCAGGCGCAGUCAGAUGAAAAAGCUCUUAUUGCAAAAUUACAUCAGCAUAUUGUAGCUCUUCAGAUUAGCGAGACCACUGCUGUGAGCAAGCUAGAAGCACUUACAACGAAACUGCAAAAGAUGGACAUUUAUAAUCUACGCCUAGAACAGAAACUUGAUGACAAAGAGCAGAGAUUAUAUUACGCCCGACUAGAAGGGAGAAAUAGAGCCAAACAUCUACGCCAGACUGUGCAAUCUUUGAGGCGACAGUUUAGUGGUGCUCUACCCUUGGCACAACAGGAGAAAUUCUCUAAAACCAUGAUUCAGUUACAGAACGACAAACUAAAAAUCAUGGAAGAAGUUCAGCAUGCCCAGGAAGAGCCUCGAAACAUAGAGAACAAAGCAAUGGAGAUGGAAUUAAAAGUAAAAGGCUUAGAAGAAUUAAUAAGCACAUUGAAAGAUACAAGAGGAGCCCAAAAGGUAAUUGAAUGGCAUAUGAAAAUGGAAGAACUUCGUCUCCAGGAACUUAAACUGAGUCGAGAGUUAGUCAAACAAAAAGAAGAGAUGAAAUAUUUGAAUAAUAUCAUUUCUGAAUAUGAGCGUACAAUCAGCAGUCUGGAAGAAGAAAUUGUACAGCAGAGCAAGUUUUAUGAAGAGCGGCAGAUGGCUUGGGAUCAGAGAGAAGUAGAGUUAGAACGUCAACUAGACAUAUAUGACCGUCAGCAAAAUGAAAUACUAAAUACUGCUCGAAAGUUUGAAGAGGCUACAGGAUCAGUUCCAGAUCCUAGUUUGCCCCUUCCACAGCAGCUUGAGCUAGCUUUGAGGAAAAUCAGAGAGCACAUUCGAACAAUCCUAGAAACUCGGGUAACCUGCAAAUCAUUAGAAGAGAAACUAAAAGAGAAAGAAACUGCACUGUGGAAAGCAGAACAAAAUGUUUUAUCAAGAGACAGAGUUAUAAAUGAACUAAGGCUUCGAUUACCUGCAACAGAAGAAAGAGAGAGGAUAAUAGCUGAGCUAGGUAGAAAAGAAAAUGAUUCAGAAUACCAUCAUGCCCUGAAAGUUGCCCAGCAAACCAUUACAAAUAUGCAGGCAAGACUAAAUCAAAAGGAGGAAGUGUUGAAGAAGUAUCAGCAUCUCCUUGCAAAAGCUAGAGAGGAGCAAGAGGAAAUUGCAAAGAAACACGAAGAAGACCUCCGGGUUCUACAUCAGAAGUUAGAUUUGCAUGCUGAUAGUUCACUUAAUAAAUUCAAACAAACUGCUUUGGAGUUAAUGAAAAAGUCUUCUUUAUCAGUUCCCACAAACAAACAUUUCAUUCGUCUAGCUGAGAUGGAGCAAACGGUAGUGGAACAAGACAACUCUCUUGCUUUGCUUCUAAGCAAAUUAAAGAAAACAUCAUCUGAUUUAGAGAAACAAAAACAAGUAACACUAUUAAAAAUCAGAGAGUUUGAAAACAUCAAGGCUCAGCUUGAAGAAAAGCAUGUAGCUGAAGUGAAAAAGCUGAAAGAUGAAGCAAAUGAAUUGAGGAACCUGUUGUCUCAGAAAGCAGUUGAAUUUCUGCAAGUAAAAACUGAGUUAGAGGCCCAGAAAGAAGCAAAUAACAGAGCACCAACAACUACAAUGAAAAACCUAGUAGAAAGGCUGAAAACCCAGUUAGCCUUAAAAGAGAAACAGCAGAAAGCAUUGAGUAAAGCACUUCUGGAGCUUCGUGCAGAAAUGACUGAUAAUGCAGAGCAGCAGAUUAUUUCUUUAGCAUCACAAAAAGAGGCGUACAUGAAUGUUCAGCAGAUUGUUGACAAACAAACAAAGGAGCUCACAACUCACAUAGAGGAAUUAAAUGAGCAACUUACAAAAUUUAAAGAUGCCCUUAAAGUAAGUAAAACCAAAGAGAGCUCUUUGUUAGAUGAAAUGGAUGAUUUAAACCAAGAACUUCAGAAGAAGCAAAAAGCCAUUACUAAAGUACUAAAAGAAAAAGAAGAAAUGGAAAAAGAAAGUGAAGAACUGAAAAAACGGAUAAAAAGACUAACAAACAGCAUACAGAGUAAAGCUGAUGAACAAAAAUUCAUAGAUGAACUUCAGAAAAAGAUUAAAAAGCUUGAAAUUGAGGUUGAAAAGAAGAGUGAGGAGGUAGAAAAGAAGAGUGUAAAAGAAGACAAGAGCUCUAAAGAGGAAAUAGUUAGGUGGGAAGAGGGUAAAAAAUGGCAAACCAGAAUGGAAGGAAUGCGGAAUAAACUAAAAGAAAAGGAGAAGGAAAUGGAUGCUUUAACAAAACAGUUCAAUACAUUAAAGGAACUUUAUUCCAAAGCUGAUAAAGAGAAAAUUGUUUUACAAAAGAAACUGAAGACCAGCGGUAUUACUGUUGAUCAUGUUGUGGGAGUACAAGCAUCAGAGUCAGAGAGGGAGCUGGAGGAACUAAGAAAACGGAAUACAGAGUUAGAAAAUGAAAUUGCUCAUAUGAGAACACAACAAGCUCUCCCACGAGAUUCUGUUGUAGAAGAGUUACAUUUAAAAAAUCGAUAUUUCCAGGAAAAGAUUCAUGCAUUGGAGAGACAGUUUUCAAGAGACACAGUUUCAAGACCUUCGACGUCAGGAAUAGGAUCAGACGAUCAGUGUCAAAGACAACAGGAGCUCCAGAAAGAAAAUUUGAGGUUAUCAUCUGAAAAUGUUGAACUAAGAUUCCAACUAGAGCAGGCUAAUAAAGAUCUGCCACGAUUAAAGGAUCAAGUAGGUGACUUGAAAGAAAUGUGUGAGCUUCUCAAAAGAGAGAAAGCAGAAGUCGAGCGCAAACUAGGCAGUGUUAGAGGGUCUGGUAGAAGUGGAAAGACAGUUCCAGAAUUAGAAAAGACCAUUGGUUUGAUGAAAAAGGUUGUAGAGAAAGUCCAGAGAGAAAAUGAAGAUCUGAAAAAGGCCCCAGGAAUUGUCUCUAAUGAGAAACUAGUUAGCCUUGAACUUGAAAAUGAGAGGCUAAAGUCUGAAAUGGAAAAACUGAAACUUCACCUGGGUGGUCAGCUGAGUAUGCGUUAUGAAUCAAAAACCAGAGGCAUGGAAAAGAUCGUUGCUGAGAAUGAGAGGCUGCGUAAAGAGCUGAAAAAAGAGGCUGAUGCUGCAGAGAAACUACGAAUAGCAAAGAAUAACAUAGAAAUAAUGAAUGAGAAAUUGACAGUGGAGCUGAAAGAGACUGUUAAGAGGUUAAACUUAGCUGAAAGCAGAGGUCCACAACUUGAAGGAGCUGACAGCAAAAGCUGGAAAUCAAUUGUUGUAACAAGGAUGUAUGAAACUAAGAUGAAAGAACUGGAAACUGAUAUUGCCAAAAAAAAUCAAAGCAUUACUGAUCUUAAACAACUACUCCAAGAGUCAACAGAGCGUGAAAAUAGCAUUGAAAAACACACACAAGACUUAAGGGAACAAAUUGAACUUCUCAAACACUUUCCUGAAGGUGUUAGCACGGAGCAAGGCUUUGCCAGAGAGCUUCAGCUUCUCAGAUUAACCAAUAAUCGACUGGAGAAGGAAAAAGCAGAACUAGCUCACCAGGUGAAGGCUUACCAACAUCAGACGGGCAUUAAUGAAAGCGAAGGCUCUGCAGCUGAGAAAGGCAGACCACACAAGUUAAUGGUAGACGUAGAAGAUCUCCAGACGCAAUUGCAAGCAUCAGAUCUGGAAAAGCAACAACUUAAGGAAGAAAUCAAACAGCUGAAAAAAGAAUUGGAUAAUUUUGACCCUUCCUUUUUUGAAGAAAUUGAGGAUCUGAAAUAUAACUACAAUGAAGAAGUGAAAAAAAAUAUUAUCUUGGAGGAGAAAUUAAAGAAUCUUUCUGAACAGUUUGGUGUUCAUGUGGAUAUUCCAGCCAAUGUGUCUAUUGAUUAAAUCCAUAUUAAAUACGCACUAUCACACAUUGUCACUACACUGGUUUUAUAUGCAAGCCUAAGUCUCAUUUUUCACCUUUUGUGAAUUAGAACCAGCUCUAUAGAAGUUACAAUAGUUUGACAUCAGAGAGAGGGAGAGAAAUAGUUGUUAAAGUUAGUAAAAUCUUGUCAUUUAGUGCUUCAGAUACAAUAGAUCCAGUAAUCAUUAUGAAACCUUGUCAUAUUUCCUCCUCGCUUGUUUUGCAUAUUUUAUGCUUUAGUUCAGAAAUGACACUAAUUGUAACGGGAACAGCAGGAGAGAUCAGAGGCUUUCAGCAGUCAUAGGGUGCAAAAACCCUAGACUACAGAGCAAGAGCAGCUGUGUGACACUAUUUACUGCACAAUUUAGCUGCUGACAAAGGGCCAGUAAGACAGUGGUCGGCU